CCUGAAGCUAGCAAACGAUCUACUCUCUUACGUCUAUAUAUGGAAGAGGUGCACAAAAAUACUCUCUCUCCAAGACUCAAAGUUACAACAUGCAGAAUAUGCACCUCCAGUCCAAUUUUCCUAAAUUACACCAAGUAUUAUUGGUGCACCGUGACGUCAAUCUUUACUCCUCACGUUUCAAAGAAAUGGACCAUAACAGGGCCGAUAUCUGGGAUGGACACGUUAGUGCUCGGUGAUUUUCCUCGCAGGUACAUAGAGAAUUCUCAACUGAUAUUCCUCGAGUAUUCCCUCGUUUGAUUCCCCUUAGUUAUUUAUAAGGUACAGAGAAAUACGUGCAGACAAUGGCUUACAACUCGAAAGACUUUUAUCCCCGACCCGAUUUCGUUCACGGUAAUCACAGAUGGACACCCCUUAAUGAGGGGUGGUCAAUACUUUUCGACGACGACGAUGUUGGACUGAAGGAGGCAUGGCAGAUUAACGGUGUCCCAGACAAAGUGUCUGUCACGCCUUCUACUAACUCAAUUAGCGAGGCUGAAGCUCAAAAGCUAGCUGCAUUCCCCGAACUCAAGGAGAAAGGAUUCCAGGCCCCGAAGAGCCAGACUCGUGAGCAUGUUAAACAGCCCAUUAAUGUGCCCUUCGCCUUUCAGACGCCCGCUUCCGGUGUCUUUGACAACGACGCUCACGAGGUUUUGUGGUACGAGAAUAAAGUCGUCGACCCACGCGAAGAGGCCGAAAUAGAAGCAGGGGAUAAAGUCUUGGUUCGCUUCGGCGCCGUAGAUUACGAUGUGACGAUCUGGGCUUCAGGAUAUCCCGUAGGCCAGCACCGAGGCGGACACGUGCCUUUUGACGUGGACAUCACCGAUGCUCUGGCAAAUGCCUGGAAGAAUACCGGCAAGGGGGAAUUGAACCUCGUCUUGCGUAUUCGCGACUCACCGCAUGACCUUGCUCAGCCUCGUGGUAAGCAAUAUUGGGCGCCAAAGCCAGAGUCUAUUUUUUAUAAGCCCACCAGCGGGAUAUGGCAACCAGUUUGGUUGGAAGUCCUACCGCCGACACGGAUUGGCGACAGUAGGGCAGGCACAAUAUUGAGGUCCAAUAACAUUUCCGAGGGCUUGCUAGAAGCUACAGUGGCUGUUCUGGGACGGAGAGCUGGUCAUGGGUAUAGCGUCGAAAUUGAGGGCUAUCUUUACAGUGUCAGCGUAGCCAAGACGAAAGAAAGCCUACCUAGCGACAAGGACUAUGUUUCUAUCAACCUCGGCUUAUCUCUGAGCGACGAUCAGAAGUCAAACGCACCGCCGACCCUUGCCCAGGAUGCCCCUUACUAUGAUAGCCACUCUUGGCGCGGCACCUUGGCUCUGUGGUCGCCGGACCACCCCACUCUAUACGAUCUAUCUAUUCGGUUAUACGACUCAGAGGACAAGCUUAUCGAUGAAGUCAAGACGUACACUGGAUUUCGAAAUAUCGACUGGAACCGAGGCGACAGAACCCUCAGGUUGAACGACAAGCCACUAUUCCAAGCGCUAACCCUCGACCAAGGCUACUGGCCCGAAACGGGACUUACACCGCCGUCACCUGAUAGUCUACGGUUGGAUAUCGAGCUGACAAAGAAGAUGGGUUUUAACGGGUGUCGAAAGCACCAGAAGGUCGAGGAUCCGGUCUUCCUAUACUGGGCUGAUAAGCUGGGAUUCCUCGUCUGGGGUGAGAUGGCAAACGCAUACGAGUUUAACGAAGACUACGCCGAGAGAUUCAGCCAAGAAUGGGUAGAAGCUGUGAAGAGGGAUAUUAAUCAUCCCUCGAUUGUGACUUGGACUCCUGUUAAUGGUAUCUGGGCCUAUCCUAACUUGAAAGACAAUAUAGACCAGCGGAACCAUAUUCGGUCGCUCUACUAUAUCACGAAGACGCUUGACCCAACGCGCCCCAUCAACGACAACUGCGGCUGGGAACACGUUAUCACAGACCUAAGCACAUUCCACGACUACUCGGACGCUCCGGCCCUAUCCGAGACAUGUGCCACUCUAGAAGGCAUUCUAGGCAAGAAGCUUGCGGACCGCGACUUCUUUGUCGGACCCCUAACACUCAAAGACGGGAGAACCGAUAGCGGGACCAAGCAUAGAGAGGGUGCACCUGUCAUAUGUAGCGAGUUCGGCGGCGUCAACAUUGCACCCGGGAAGGGAGCAGAAAGCGGAGAUAGGGAUUGGGGCUACACGACUGCGAGCGAUCCAAAAGAUUUACUAAAGCGUCUCGAAGCUUUAAUACAGGCAGUUGUUCACGGGGGACAUAUUUGUGGAUUUGUGUAUACCCAGUUGUCCGACGUCGAGCAGGAAGUCAACGGCUUGUACUCGUUCGACAGGAGGGAGAAGAUUCCCGCAGACGAGGUUAGCAAGCUCAUCGAAGCGGCGAGGAAGACGUACUUCGACAGCCUUUCCUAAGGGGACCUAAUGGCCUUUGCUUUUUGUGCCUAAAUAGGUGGAAAACGACAGAUUCUUAUCAUGAUAUGAUAAUACUUGAUGUUACUUAGAUUUUUGCUUAGGAACUCGUGAGGGUAAACCGAUCGAGUCGUUGACUAACUACCUAAGGUAAUUUAC